GGAAAUUUCCUGUUUGCUGCAUUGCAUAAUACAGUUCUCAAGUCUGGAAUAAUUUUGUGAGGAAGAAGAUUUCUUAAUUACACCAGUGCUCCGAGAUACAAAACCAAUAUUCAGAGUAACCUUUAAGAUCUCUUGAAGUCACUACAAAUUUUGAAGCUGAUAUUUGAAAGCCAUGAUGGCAGACACGGGAGAUGGACCACAUUUGGGGGAAGAUCUGACAGAUGCAAAAUCUGUUCCUGGUUCCAAAGGAAAGAACCUGCCUGCUAGCAAGUCUAUGGACUUUGGAAUUCUGCCAGACUACAGUUACAGAAUGGAUUAUCCAGAGAUGGGGGAAUGUGUAAUAAUAAACAAUAAGAAUUUCCACAAACAUACUGGGAUGCUGCCCCGUUCGGGUACAGAUGCAGAUGCUGCAAAUGUCAGAGAUGUUUUUAUGAAGUUGGGAUAUAAGAUAAAGAUCAACAAUGAUCUUUCAUGUGGGGAUAUAUUUGAACUAUUGAAAAAGGUUUCUGAAGAAGAUCACAGCAAGCGAAGCAGUUUUGUUUGUGUGUUGCUAAGCCAUGGUGAGGAAGGAUUAAUCUAUGGUACAGAUGGCCCUCUUGAACUGAGAGCACUAACAAGCCUUUUCAGAGGUGACAGGUGCAGAAGCUUAGCAGGAAAACCCAAGCUCUUCUUCAUUCAGGCUUGCAGAGGGACAGAAUUAGAUUCUGGUAUUGAGACAGACAGUGGAUCAGGAGGAACAACAUGUCAAAAAAUACCUGUGGAAGCAGAUUUCCUUUAUGCAUAUUCUACUGCUCCAGGCUAUUAUUCCUGGAGGAAUUCGGCUGAAGGCUCCUGGUUUAUUCAGUCACUGUGCAAGAUGCUGAGGGAACAUGCAAGGAAGCUUGAGCUCAUGCAGAUUUUAACUCGUGUAAAUCGCAGAGUGGCAGAGUAUGAGUCCUGCUCAACUCGGCAAGAUUUUAAUGCAAAGAAACAGAUUCCAUGCAUUGUCUCUAUGCUCACCAAAGAGUUUCAUUUCCCUUCCUAAAAGAAUUUUUCAGUUCAUGUUUCUAUCUGCAAUUUAUAUGCAAUGUUAAUACAAAAUGCCACUUUGAAAUCUGA